CGAUGAGAUAUUACUACUUGGGAGAUGGUUGAGUAUCGGACGCAUUUACAGACUGAUUGGUUUCUUCCAAAAUGUAAAUGAAAAGAUGCGGAAUUCUCGUAAAAAACUAUACGUCAUGGAGCACAUAAUAUUCGUAAUUUUGGUAUUGCACUGUGGAACAUGUCUCUGGUACUAUUUGCGUAAAACAGAUUCUAUAAAGGACUAUUAUUCAUUAGGAUACGAUAUGACUAGCAAAAAGAUAGAAUUUGACAGUUACAUCUCAUGUUGGUACUACAGCUCGGGGCGUUUCUUCAACUGCAUAUUUGGUGAUAGCUUUCCACUUCAUAGUCAUGAAAAAUGGUUGACGUCACUUUUGAUGAUAUUUGGAUACGUUUUCAUGCGUUACCGUUUUAUUGGAGGUCUCACUUGGGAACUUGUUUUGGAAAAUAGUCGAUGGUCUACUUUCGUUGAACAGAAAGCUAUCACUAAAUAUGAUAGAAACGAUUCGAGGCUGAUUAGGAUACGCUACAGACCAAUGAAGCUACUUAAAGAUCAUUUAAGUGGAGUUGAAGAAGAAGACCCCACUUUCGUCGACGAUUCACACAUGUACUACAAAGAUGAAAAUAAUGAGAAACAGCGGAAGUUUACAACCGAAUACUUAGAAUUAUAUUGUAUGUCUAAUCAUGUUACAACCGUAGACGAACCACGAAUAUGUCUUCGCUCGAAUUUUCCCUGGAUUUUGGAACCGAAUACUGAUUUUAAUGUGAGAAAGGAAACAGUAAGAGAGAUAGCCGAGGAGAAAAUGUCCACUAUUGGUUUUUAUCUUGACGUUCUUUCAGUCUUUCCAAUGUAUAUAUUUACUGAUACAUUAGACCCGAGUGGGGAAUCGAUUGCUUCUCUAAUAGCCGUCGUGUUUCCGAUUUUACAAGUCUGGCACAUAUGGGACUACUUAGAGAAAUGGCAGAAAAACUUUAAUACCAACGCUAAGUUCUUAUGUUUGACGAAGUAUUUUUUAUUGUUUAUCAUAUUCUGUUACUGGUCAGGAUGUCUUUUGUUCCUUUUCGCCUGUCCAAAAAAUCUUUGCAGAGAGAAUACGUGGAUGGGUUUACUCAUUUAUUGGGAGACAAAGAUUUUUGUCAGAAACAACGCGAAACAUGAAACACCUGUAUCUUCAGCUCUUUCAUUUGGAACAUCUGUUUUCACUGGCAGUGGCGCUUCAGUUAUUUCUCCGGGGGUGGAGGACUUAGGCUUGGUUAUAAUUUUAAUAGUACUAGGAACGUAUUUGUCGUGUUUCUGUAUUGCAAAAAUAUGUUCCAUCUACGUUUUAUCAACGCAGAGGAAAUUAAAAUUCAAGGAAUCCAUGAGAGAGCUAUUUUAUUUCCUUUCAGUAAACUAUGUUAGCAGUAAAAUCAAAGCGCGAGUGAAAAAAUUCUUUUGCGUCCAAUGGUACUACAACAGCGCAGUCCUUAAUGAAGAAAUAUUUAAAGAUAUGUCCAGUAACAUUCAACAGGAAAUCUUGUCACUAGAGACGAUUGAAAAACUUUUGUGCUGUCCGUUGUUUCAAAAUUGCAGUCGAGAUUUCCUCCAGACAGUUGCGUCUAAUGCAAAGACAAUAGUUUUACCAGACAAUGAGAUCGUCCAACAUGCGGGCGACAUCGGACGAGACAUGUACAUUUUGAUAAAGGGUCAUUGCAAUAAGCUAAAUCAUAAUGGAAAAAUUGAAUGUUCAAUCGGACCAAACAGUAAUAUUGGAAUGGUGGAAAUGUUAUAUGGACUUCCAAAGGUGCAUACAGUGUUGACAACGACAAACUGCAUAUUGCUCCAUGUUGAAUACACCGCGCUCGUGUUAAGCUUGAGCACAUUCCCUGACAUCAGUCAGCCUAUUAUGAACGUUAUCAAAGACCCUGGUAUACGUAAUCUGACGUCACAAUUCGAAGAGAGUAAGCCACUAGUCGGUAAAAUAGACACAAAAACAAACAGGAUAACACAAGAAAUUAAAGAGAGUUUCGUUGUAGUGAGCGGGCGACGACAGAGAGAUCAAUAUAUACUGGCUUUUGAUAGGCUAGGCGUAAUGAGAUACUUAAGAUAUUUCUUCCUUCCUGGAUGUAUAACUCCGCAUGGAUUAUUUUUAAAAUUCUGGUGCACAGUGAGAUUUAUAAUGGCCAUAUAUUAUGUGCUGACCGUGCCCUAUAAUAUUGCUACAAAACAGAGUAAAAACAUCGGUAUUUACAAUUGGGCCGAUAUAAUAUUAUAUAUUGACAUUGUAAUAAUGGCGUAUGUGGCGUACUACGAUGACAAAUCGUUACUAAUAACACAUCCAUUUUUAACCACUAUCAGAUAUAUGAAGCACGCUUUCCUUUUGGAUUUCAUAAGCGUUUUCCCUUUUGAAGAACUGUUUAAAGUUGUAAAUGAACAUGCUGAUACUGAUCUCUGCAGGAUUAAUCGUAUUUUAUUGGUAUUCCGAAUAACUGGAGCCUUUUCGUACUGGGAGAGCGAUAUUAUGCAAGUGAAUCAAGCAGUCGUUUUGCUUAAAUUCCUCCCGAUUGCCCUAGCACUAGUCAACUUCGCAACUGCCUUCAUAUUUAUGAAUUCCUGCAAGCCCUUCACAGUACCCACUUCAAGUUUUAUUAUGACAAAUUGUUCAAGAGUUUUGCUGCUUUCUGGAAAGAAGUAUAGGCUAAAAUAUGCCGUGACAGAAUAUAUUCAGACCUUCUACUGGGUGUUUGAGAUAUUUGUUGGUUGCGGAUGUACUCCAGUAGCCCUUUCUAAUAAGUUUGACGUUUGGUUGACAAUGGCUUUGCAAAUAGUUGGUUUGAUGUACUUCGCGUGCAUGUACGGCUACAUCGCAUCAACACGUUCCGCAGCCUCACACGCUUUACUUUCUCAUACAGAAAAAACAAGAGAUUUGGUUGAUUUUUUGAAUCGUCAGAACGUUGAUCCAAUGUUGACUGUGAAAACUUUGAAAUAUUUUGAAUACGUCUGGAAAAGAACUCACGGCAGCGAUCCACAGAAAAUAUGCCGUGGUUUAAACUCCGCGUUAAUGGAAGACACGCUCGUGUUCAUGUACGAGAGGGCGCUGCGCGAAGUUCCUUUGUUCGGGAAAGUCGAGCGCUCCUUUAUCAGAGUUAUCACGCAGCACUUGCAUGAGAUGUAUUUUCUUAAAGGAGAUACUGUGGUACAGUGCAAGGACAUGCAGACUAAGAUUUACAUAAUUUAUAGAGGAAAGGUAGACGUUUUAAGUUCAUAUAACGAAAUGAUUACUUGUAUGGGUCCUGGUGGAAUGUUUGGUAAUUUUACGGGUCAAACAAUUUCAAGUUCCGAAGUUUCAAUCUAUGCUAGCAGAAACUUAGAUUUGUUGGUACUACCAUCGCAAACAUUCUUUAAUUUGGUCAAGUAUUAUCCAAGAAUACAAGAACCGUUGUACAAGGCAUUCGAGAUAUCGAAAGAUUACAUCCUACCUAUAUCUAUGGAUAACAUCGACGACGACUCCUCAGCCGAUUCUGAUUUCGAUCUGAUGUCACAAGAUUCUGCAGUUGAUUCACGAAGCGGUUCCAGUAAAUUUGAUACUUCAGGCGGUCAAUAUUCACUGCCACGUUCUCAAUCAACAAGCAACGUGAGCCAGGCAAAGUCAUCAGUCAGCGUUAUGACGUAUCAGAGUUAUUUAGAUGUUAACAAUCUUCUGAAACCGGGGUCCAGAAUGUAUCAGGGCUUCGGUUACUUAACCAGUAUAAUGGUAACAGCAAAUUACGUUCUGACAUUGUACGAACUUAUAACUUUAAACAACUGCUACAUUAUAUUUUGGUUGCAAUCAAUUUUCGACAUAUAUUUCUACAUCAAAGUUUAUUUAUCAAUGCAUCAGGGUUAUCUCAACCGACACGGUGAUCUAAUAAUCGAUGCAACGAAAUGUCGCGCCCGGUAUUACAGACACAAGUUGUGGGUUUGGUCAGAUGUAUUUACUAAUUUACCACUUGAACUAUUUGGUUUCUGCUUCUCUAUUCCUAUUACUGCUAUGCAUUAUUUGAGGAUAAAUAAAUUGUUUAGACUAAAGUAUCUGGUCGAGUUUUAUCGGAAAACUUCAGCUGAACUUACAAAUAAUCUCACUACAUUGCAGUCUGCAAUGACUUUUUUGAUAGUAAUUUUGCUGUUACACACGUUAACAUGCGUCUGGCUACUAACUCUGAUUGCUACCGCACCUUUCAAUAUCAUCCGAACACUAAAACUUCAUCUGAUUGAUGACGAUACUCCACGACGCCAAUGGGACUACACGACUUCUUUGUACGUAAUUGUUGCGGAGCUUACUUCUACAGGAGGCGAUGAAUUUAUAGUAGAAGAUAUAUUUUCUAUGAUAAUCCUAGUUAUAUGCCUCAUAAGUGGUAAAAUGUUGGCAGCAACUGUAAUCGCAACUAGCAUGCAAGUUGCGUAUUCCACUAAAUAUGCCUUAAACAGUUAUGAGAAAUCAACGAAAGAACUAAUCGAUGUCCUGAAAAACCAGGGAUUGUCAAGUUACCAAUUAAAGAAGUUUUGGAAAUAUGUCCGACAGCUUUGGGUAACGGAAAGAGGAAGACAGUUACCAGUGUUGGUAGCGGAAACUCCAUACGUGCUUCGUUGCGACCUGAUGUCUGCGAUGUUCGGCCAACAUUUGCGGAGCUGUUACAUUUUUGCUGACACUGGCGAACCGUUCCUUCGUCAGCUCACUGUGUUGUUAGAUUACUCUAUAUAUUUUCCAGGCAAUUAUAUAGUAGUAGCCGGAGACAGCGAGGCUCGCAUGCACUGGGUGGCUUCAGGAACCGUAUCAGUAGUAUCUGUGCGAGAAGAUCUCACUGAAACCACGCAUGAGUACCUCGGGCCUGGAGAUGUGUUUGGCAUUCUACAAGGCCUAAACUAUGGGUUGCCACAUUGUUUCUCCUACAGAGCUGAAACUAAGGUGAGUAUUCUUAGCUUGAGUCUGGAUUCCUGGAAUGACAUUUUGCCUUACUUUCCGGAUGCAGAAAUAAUUAUUUCACAAAGAACCGAUAUUCUGUUCACGAAAAUAUAAUGAAGAUAAUAAUGAGG